GGUGAACGGUCUCUUGCAACAUGUGCAUGGUUUUGUAAGUCACUGAUGUCAGACGUUUGAUAUUUCAGUUUCAAUAACAAAAUGGACCAACAAAAAGAAAAAUGGAGUUUCUUUUCACCUUAUUCAAAAUCAGACCCAAGUAUGGAUGUUCCAGUUACUGCAGGGCCAGCCGGGACCAUAAUGUCACCCUAUCUGAACUUUGACCCUUCAUAUGUAACACCUGGAGGCGACUCUGAAUUCAUCUUUCCUGAAGGUGCUAGUCGACAGAGAGGACGUCUAGAGUUGUCCUUCUCACAAAUAGGAGGAUCUGUUUUUGCUGGUGCAGCGGUUGGUGGUUUGAAUGGACUGUAUGCGGGACUGAGAGAAACGCAAGCGGCUCAGCUAACUGGAGCUGUCAGGAGAACACAAAUGUUGAAUUUCAUAACCAAGCGGGGAGCGUCGUCUGCGCAAACACUCGGAGUUGUGGCUCUGAUGUACAGUAUAUUUGGCGUGGUCUUGUGGUGGGGGCGAGGUGUAGAAGAUGAACUCAACACUGUUGUUGCUGGUACAGCCACAGGUCUUCUCUACAAGUGUUCAGGUGGUUGGAAGCGAUGUCUGCGAGGAGGGGGGAUCGGCUUCGGACUGGCAACUGCAUACAUUCUUUUCACGAGCAAAGACCGAAUAAAGAGCAUGUUGGGUCGCGAUUAAAGUGGACAUGUUCAUUUGUGUGGUUGAGUCUGACUAAGAGAGAGUGUGUUCGGUUUGGAAGAAUGUGUGAAUAUGGAUGUACUGUGUAGUGUUGUGUUCAGUUUUUUAUUUACAGUCUACAACAGAUAAAACAUUGCAACAGAAGAGUUCUACAUUAACUGUAUUCUAAAAUGUGUCCGAUAGCUUGGUCUUCUGCAUUAAAUGAUUUAAAACAGAAAUAUUUUAGCCAACACAGAGUUAUGUGUAACCCAACCUACUAAUUUAGCAAUUUUUCUUUUUAUUAUUAUUAUAUAAUUUCUUUUUUCUCUUUUUAAAUAAGUUUUAAAAAGAUUUUGCACACAGGCUUGCCCAAUAAGUUGAAUAAUUAUAUGAAAUUAUUGGGAUAUAGAAAAAGAACACUUAUUUAAAAUUCAUCAAAUGUGCUUUAUGGAGAAAUAAGACGAUGAAAAAGUGUAUAAAGACUGAGUCCUUGUCUUUCACAAUUUUAUCCUUUUCAAUAGAACAGAAAAUCUGUUAUUCAUCAUUCACAUCAACUGCUUUUAUUUGUAUCAUUAGCUUUUUGAAAGUGCAUUGUAAUAUGUUCCUCAACUGUCGGAUAUUAAUACUAUUAAAUUUUAACGUGUUUAUGAACCCUAGUUUCAACUCAUGGAAAUGAACACUGAGGUUUAGUUAAAAUAGCAAUAUAGUCUUAUGGUAGUGAUUGCAACAUGUUCAUCAACUGUCGGAUAUUGAUACUAUUAAAUUUUAACGUGUUUAUGAACUAUCUUCUAUAUAACUGUCGGAUAUUAAUACUAUUAAAUUUUAACGUGUUUCUAUCUUCUAUAUAAAAUACCAUUAUUUUAAAGGGACAGACCCUAGUUUCAACCCGUGGAAAUGAACACUGAGCUUUAGUUAAUCUACAAACCUGUAAAA